UGUCAGGUAAUGUGAGACCUUGAGAAGCAGAGGCUGUGCGCAGAACUGGUUCUGAAAGGCUGAGCUCCUCCAUUUCCUCCACUCUAACAGACAAGUGAACACUGGACCGGGCUGACAGACACACAAGCAGACACAGACAUACAAAGACUACUGGGAUGCCGCUGUGGAAGAAAAUUCGCCCUUCUUCAGCUGCUGGGAAACUAGAGGCUCAGAAUGUGUCCAGCGUCUUUGCUGAGCUGGGGAGUGCAGGAGAGCGAGGGACUAAGAUGUCGGGGCCAGAGCAGCGGGGAGAGAGAUCGGACCCUGGUGUCCCGAGGGUGCACCUGGGGGCCGUGUCAGAGGACAGGCCACCUCCUAAGUGGCUGGAGCGUGAGCUGCUGAGACAGGAGAACCGUCGCCACUCUGUAACCAUGGGAGACCAGGUCAAACUGAGGUCACGACUACUCUACAGUGACGAUCCCACACACAGCCUCAGCAAGCUCAAGCGCUCUGAGUUCAUUAACUGGCUGAUUGAGCAGAGAGUAUCCCUUGAAAGCCUGACAAAGCUCAAACUGGCAUUUGAGGAAUUUGAAAUGGGUGGCCAAAGAUCCCUGGAUGUGUUGAACUUUGGACUGAUAGUGAAGAAGUGUUUGGGCUUACACAACAUAAACAAUGCCCAGAUCCAAGAACUAUUCAUGAAGAUCGAUUAUUCUGGCCAGGGGAGGAUUGAAUGGGAUGAGUUCUGUACGUACAUGCAGUUGGAGUACACAGAGAAGGAGGAGUCAGUGUUGCGCGGCAAACAGGUGGCGUUCUCCCUGCCAGCCACGGUCAGGGCCCUAAGCCACGGAGAGCCCGUUCUGCGCGUCCAUUCCACCCCCGAUGGCACCAUCAUCACCGUCCGCGAGGAUGGGGCUGUCUACUACUGGAGCCCCGAGCUCAACCUGAAGAGGAGCAAGAGCGUGUUUCAUGAAAGACCUGUGAGCAGAAAACCAAAAUGGGCAACUGAUUUUAUCACCAUGCCACAGUACAACAAACUUAUCAUGGGAACAGGAGACAGAGAGAUCCAGUUGUAUGAGCUGUCCUCUCUAGAGCCGUACUGUCAGAUCAGUUCCCUGGAGACAGUCCCUCUGAGACUGGACUACUGCUACACCGGACCUGAUGAGUGUUCUAUUUUGUAUGGAGACUCCCAGGGCUGUGUGAAUAUCAUAUUAAUUACCUCCGUGGGGGAGACUCUGAGAAUGUGGAAGAAAUUACCAAAAAUUGAGAAUGUGCCUAACAUCGGGAUAGACAACGCAGUGCUUUCUCAGAAUGUGACAUACAUUCGAUGGAAGGUCCACCAGGACUGGGUGACAAAGGUGAAAUAUCUUCCAGACAUUUGUGCGAUUGUUUCCACCUCCAAUCAUGAAGCCUCUUCCCUCGUCAUAGGCUGCGUUCUCUCGUCCACCAACAUCGAGCAGCAGAUGAGGGAAAUCAGGGAGGUGUGUCGGGAUGGGAAGGCCAAGAGAGCCCUUUCUAAUAACAAUGGGUCUCCUCAGCCCCGGGCACCAUGUGACGAGACCGUCUUCAAUGUCUACAAGGGCGUCAUGACCUUUGACCUCAGCAAACAGCACAACCUGCUGGUGACCGGAGGGAUGGACAGGGUGCUGCGUCUGUGGAACCCCUACGUCCCUGGGAAGCCCACAGGUGUGUUAAAGGGACACUCUGCUCCCAUCUUCUACCUCUUCAUCUCCUCAGAGGAAAACCGUAUAUUUUCUGUCUCUAUGGACAACACUGCCAAGAUCUGGGAUAUCCAUGACCAAAUCUGCCUCAUCACAGCCCACCCCAAAGCCAGCCUCAUCCGUGGAGACAUGUCUGCAUGCCUGUAUUCUCCUUCCAUCAAGGCACUGUACAUCGCAGCUGACUCACUAGCGCUGCUCUCUCUCAGGACCAGUCCCCAGCCCCAGGGACAUCUGAUCGUGUCUCACAUGGAGCCUGUGUUGUGCUGCGGCUAUAGCCACGAGUUCAGACAGGUCGUCAGCUGCACAGAAGGAUCCGUGGUGAAGGUGUGGGAUUUCGACACAGGGAGCCAUGUGUUUGAAUUUGGUGGUGCCCACGGACAGUCUGCCAUUACCUGUAUGACCUUUGACCCCAAGGGAAGGAGACUGGUCACUGGGGGGAGAGAUGGCAUUCUAAAGAUCUGGAACUUUAACAAUGGUCAGUGUCUGAAGAUACUAAAAAAAGAUGGGGAGUCCAACGAGGUGUGUGACUGCACCUACCUGACAGUCCACAGAAACACGUAUGUGAUGUCUGUUGGAUGGGACCGCAGGAUUGACGUCUACUCUGAUUCACCAGACGAGCCUCACCACAUCCAAAAGCCUCAGCCCUCAUGGCAAGACGAUCUGAGGAGGGGCCACAUAGAGGACAUCCUGUGUGUGGCCCAGUGUCCCCCCUCCCUUCUAGCCACCAGCAGCUAUGACGGGGAGGUCAUUGUGUGGAACCUGGUCUCUGGACACAUCCAGUGUCGCUUUGCCAGCCCUCUGCAACCUGACUGCUGCCAUGCCCAAGGGAUGGAUACCUGUGUUCCCAGCAUCAUCUUCCUGAGGAGCCGAGCAUUACAUGCUAAGUUCUCCUCCGCUGCAUGCCUCCUGUCCUCAGGACCCACAGGUUGCAUUCAUUUCUGGAACGUGCUCAACGGUGGGAAAUUAUUGGCCAACUUUGAGGCAUCUAGGUUCCAGCAGCUGAUCACUAAACUGGCAGUGACAAAGGAAGACACCUCACUGUAUGCGGCUGAUCAACUUGGCUAUGUCUAUGUUUAUGACAUAAAGACAUACGCUCUUGGCUCAGAGAGAACCCCACCGAGAGCUGAAAACUACUGGCGUGCCCAUACUGGCAGCAUCACCGGGUUGCAGAUUGUUGACGAUGAACAAGUACUGCUCACCUCGUCUAUAGACUGCACUGUGCGCCUGUGGAGUGCUGACGGAGAGUUCAUAGGGACGUUUGGGCAGCGGGACAAUUGGAGCAUACACACCCCUUCCUCCUGGAAGCAUCCUGCCGUUCCCUAUGAGAUCCUGAUCGACCCUCUGAGCAUGCCAGCUCACCGCAUCCUGGAGGGAGAGACCAGAGUGUCCGAUGUCAAUAACGCUGACAACUCUGAGGCCACUAGCACCGAGCAAAAGUCCAACUCGCCCAGCAAGCUUAGACACCCUCCACUGUCCUUCAGCGACACAGACAUCAUGGAGGAGAUGAAAACCUCUUGUUACACAGAAGAACAUGGGAAACGACUCCGACAUGAAAUAUUCAAGCAUACUAACAAGCCACCCAAUCAUGGUGGACCCAAGGCCUACCACACUCUCAAGUACUUUGAUAUCGUCGACACCCCAGCCACCUGCGAGAGGCCUGAUCUUUCCCUGGCUGGGAUAGAUCCUUUCAUGUCCAGCUUUGUGGAGCAGGAGUUGGCUGAAUUCCAAUAAGAUCCCAAUUGUAACAGGAACUCAAACUGUGACCAUAGGUCCUGUGCACCAUGAACUCAACAUGCUUCAAGGGCAGAGGAGUUACAACACCAUCACAAGUAAUCAGAAGAGCUGAAAUGUGAGCUGUUGCACAACUUUAAAGAGUUGCACAGUCCUGGAUUGAUUAGGGGAGACCGGGGUUUGUUGUCACACUUUUUUACUAAUUAGUGUAUUUCUCAGCACCAGUAUAUCUUACAAGACUAUUUUCAAUAAGAUUAAGACCCAGGUCUUGGGUUGAAAUGGGGACCAUGUCUAUCCUCUUAUCUUAUUCCAACAUGGAUUUAUAAGCCAUUAAACAUUCUCUGUCCACUUGUGACAACCUGGGCCCAGAUUUACAUAACACUUCUUACGUAAGAAUAUAAGAAGCUUCUUAAGAAAAAAAAGAAGUAAAUAAGAUAGUUCGUAAGUGCAAUUCCUCAACAAUAUCUUAAGAUGCAAUGAUUUUCUUACGAACUUCUCAAAUAUCUAUUUACAAAUCUUCUUAACCUGUCUGGGAACGGAGUUCACAGCCAGUGAAAUUGCAGGGCGCCAAAUACAAAUCAACAGAAAUCUCAUAAAUCAAAUUUCUCAAACAAAUGUGUCUGACUUCAAAAAUGCUUUACAGCGAAAGCUCCACGAACGAUUAUGUUAGGUCACCACCAAGUCAAAGAAAACCCUAGCCAUUUUUCCAGCCAAAGAGAGGAGUCACAAAAAGCACAAAUAGAGAUAAAAUUAAUCACUAACCUGAUGAUUUUCAUCAGAUGACACUCAUAGGACUUCAUGUUACACAAUAAAUGUAUGUUUUGUUCGAUAAAGUGCAUAUUUAUAUCCAAAAAUCUCAUUUGACAUUGGCGUGUUAUGUUCAGUAGUUCCAAAACAUGCACUGAUUUUUGCAGAGAGCCACAUCAAUUCACAGAAAUACUCAUGAUAAAUGUUGAUGAAAAUUCAAGUGUUAUGCAUGGAACUUUAGGUAAACUUCUCCUUAAUGCAACCGCUGUGUCAGAUUUUUUUUUUACUUUACGGAAAAAGCAUAAUCUGAGUACAGCGCUCAGAGCCCAAAACAGCCAAAAGAAACAUCUGCCAUGUUGCGCAGUCAACAUUAGUCUUAAAUAGCAUUAUAAAUAUUCACUUACCUUUGAUGAUCUUCAUCAGAAUGCACUCCCAGGAAUCCCAGUUCCACAAUAAAUGUUUGAUUUGUUCAAAAAAGUUAAUUUAUGUCCAUAUACCUCCUUUUGUUAGGGCGUUUGGUAAACAAAUCCAAACGCGCGUGAAAGUCCAGCGGAAAGGUCGGACGAAAAUUCCAAAAUGUUAUAUUACUGGUCGUAGAAACAUAUCAAACUAUGUAUAGAAUCAAUCUUUAGGAUGUUUUUAUCAUAAAUGUUCAAUAAUGUUCCAACCGGAGAAUUCCAUUGUCUGUAGAAAAGCAAUGGAACGAGAGCUACUUCUCAUGUGAAAUGCGUAUGACCAUCGCGUGACUGCUGGCAGACCUCUGACUCAUUCCCCUCUCAUUCAGCCCCCCUUCAUAGUAGAAGCCUCAAACAAUGUUCUAAAGACGGUUGACAUCUAGUGGAAGCCUUAGGAAGUGCAACAUAACCAAUAUCCCACUGUGUAUUCGAUAGGGACUGAGUUCAAAAACUACAAACCUCAGAUUUGGUUGUUUGGAUUUUCUCUCAGGUUUUUGCCUGCCAUAUGAGUUAUGUUAUACUCACAGACAUCAUUCAAACAGUUUUAGAAACUUCAGAGUGUUUUCUAUCCAAUACUAAUAAUAAUAUGCAUAUAUUAGCAUCUGGGACUGAGUAGGAGGCAGUUUACUCUGGGCACGCUAUUCAUCCGGACGUGAAAAUACUGCCCCCUAUCCCUAAGAGGUUUUAAGAUGGUUGUUGCUCGGCUACCGUUUUAGCUAGCUAUCAAUGGCAAUCAUGUUAGCAUAUUUGUUACUGAGAUUACUGUUCUAAAACAUGUUCUUGGGUUUAAAAUAAUCAAUACUGAAUCUUUCAGAUAAAGUUUGAGUAAAUUAAACAUGUUCAAUUCCUUUCAUGAGCUUUUCUCUCACUGCCCUGAGUUUAAGACAAGGGUUUAGCUAUCUUAGAAUUUAGAAAAUUUCCAAGAACCUUAUUUUCUAGAAUCAAAUUUCUUCUUAACUUUUUGCUUAAGGGGUCCCGCUAGCUGGACAACUUCCGGUGAAACUGGAGGGCGCGCAAUUCAAAUAAAGUAAAAUAAAUAUUAUGGAUUCUAAACAUUUAGGUACAUAUAAGUGUCUUAUAUCGGCUGAAAGCUUAAAUUCUUGUUAAUCUAACUGCACUGUCCGAUUUACAGCGAAAACAUGCCAUGCGAUUUUGAGGACGGCGCCCCAAGUCAAAAUAUUUUUCCACCGGCACAGGUUUCAUGCAUUCAUAUAUAAAGAUUAAAUAUUCACUUACUUUUUGCUAUAACAUGUAGUGUCGUUUUGUUAGAUAAAAUCCUUCUUUAUAUCCCAAAAAGUCUGUUUAGUUGGUGCCAUCGAUUUGAGUAAUCCACUUGUUCAACUUGCAGAGAAAGGAAUCUGAAAAUCUAUCCCUAAACUUUGUUUCAACAAUUCAAAAUACAUUUCUAUUUACUCCUCAGAUACCCUAAAAUGUAAUCAAACUAUAAUAUUUAUUUCGGAAAGAAGUAUGUUCAAUAGCGAGCGCAAACACAGAUUUCCAAGACUGUGUCCUUCUAUUAAAACUGUUAUUUCUUAUUCGUUUUUGAAUUUACAAGCCUGAAACCUUGAUCAUAGACUGCUGACACCCCGUGGAAGCCAUGUAACCUUUCUCUUGCAUUUCUAAGAGGAUUCCGGUUUGGUUUUUCUUUGGAUUUUCUCCUACCAUAUUUAUUGUGUUAUAUUCUCCUACAUUAUUUUAACAUUUAUACAAACUUCAAAGUGUUUUCUUUUCAAUGAUACCAAUUAUAUGCAUAUCCUGGCUUCAGGGCCUGUCACGACUUCCGCCGAAGUUGGUCCCUCUCCUUAUUCGGGCGACGUUCGGCGGUCGACGUCACCGGUUUUCUAGCCGCCACCGACCACUUUUCAUUUUCCAUUUGUUUUGUCUUCAUUGUACACACCUGGUUUCCAUUCCCAUAAUUAUAUGUUCCUUAUUUAACCCUCUGGUUCCCCCAUGGUUUUGUGCGUGUUUGUUCAUUGUAAAUUGGUCUGUAUUUGUGAGCUUGAUUAUUUUCCUUCUUGGAAUAUUUGUUGUUUUGAGUAAAGUUACGUGAAUGACUCA